CUGCUGCUUGUGACUGUUCUGACUGAAACACACACACGGUUACACACAGAUGAGGUAAACACAGUGUGUGUGAAGAGGUACAGGUGUCGGAUGAAGAAAUAAAUGAAAGAUGGAGGAUCGGACGCUGCUGCAGAACUUUCGCCAGACUCCCAAACUCAGCCUUCCUGCACUGAUAAUCUCUAAACUGGUGGCCGUUGCUCUGCCCAUCGCUCAGGUCACCAUCGGUGGGCUGCACCUGCAGGAGUGCCCCACCCAGCCCCUCAUCCCCAUCUACCUGGUGGUGUCAGGUGUGUUUGGGUUGGUGCUGGCUGUGCUCUCAUGUCUGCCCUGCACUCAGGAGGGGGAGAACGAGGGCGGAGCCGUCAGUGCCCUCUGUACCACCUGGAACUCCAUCGUUACCCUCUUCCUGUUCUGCUGGUUCAUUGCUGGUAACGUUUGGAUCUACUCAAUCUACCAGCCGACUUAUGAUCCUCUGUCCCCACAGUACUGUGCUAAAAUCCUCUACCUGUUUGCAUUCUGGAUGGUCACGCUGGUUUACAUCAUUAUUGGAGUGUUAAUGCUGGCUGGCUGCUGCAUCAUGUUCUGCAUGUGUGUGUGUGGUCGAGCCGGAAUCACUGACCCACCCACCAACCAAGUCUAACAUAUACACUACUUAUACACAGCUUAUACACAACUUAUACACAACAUACACACUUAAUAUAUACACAACAUGUACACCACGUACACACUGUAUACACACAUCAGCUGUAGCGUUCUAUUACUGUACCACUGGCAUGUAGCUUCCCCAGCUGAUACAACUAAAAGUCUGAUACACACACUGUACACACACUUCACACCGUACACACCAGAGCUGAAAUGAUUGAGCUGUUGUUGGUGUUUGGUUGUAAUUAUUGGUUAAUAUUGGCACUGAUGUGAAGCCUUUGGGGGGGGGGUGUGUGAUGUUACCUAAAGCUGACGGAUGUGAUUGUGAUCACUUGAUACAUACUGUGUGUCUUCAUGUCUGCAAUAAACAAUCUUAUAAAAUCA